AUACAGAAUACAUCCUUAUCUUAUAUAUCUUUAUCUCGCAAAAUCGACUAGAGGAAUGUUUUUGAUCGACUUAGAUGAUGUUCAAGUGAAGAUUUUAAAGUCAAGUGAAAUAGAACUUUAAAAUAUUUUUCUUCGUGAUAUUUGUUGAGACAAACUCGAGUCACGUAUGAUAUCAUUUAUUGCUGAAAAAAAAUCUAAAAUUACGUAUAAAUUAGUUAACUAAGUCUAAAUCUUAAUUAAGUCUGAUAGCUAUAGUAUUUGUAAUAAAAUGACACAUAAUAAACCGAGAUCCGGAUUCCUGAAGUUGAGAUUCACACGCGAAAUAAAGACCACUAAUUGUUGACUACUGUACAAUUUCACGGAAUUUUAUUAGAGCAAGAUAAAACUUUCCAUUUGAUAACUUCUUGAUAUAAAAAUGUUGCGUGGGCUCUUUUGGUCGUGCUUAAAAUAAAUGAAACGUAUAUAGUUUGGAAACAUAUUGUGAAACUUGAAACAAAGACACAUGGAAAGAUAGGGUCCUAAAGUGUCCAAAAGAUGUCAGGCAACAAUUUAAACAAGUGCCAUAACAUAACAUAAUGCCACAUAACAAGAAACAAAAGGUUAUAACCUUGACAUGUACGUGAGCUAAUAGCUGAUCAAAAUAAGAAAGAGGAAUAUAGGAAUUCAAAUUUAGAUAAUUGGAAGGUUCAGUUAUAUUUAAACGAAAAAUUUAAUUCAGUGCAACAAAAUAUGGAUUUUGCCGUACACGAACAGAAUUCCUGCACAAGUCAAAGUAAUAUAAUCAGAGUAGAAAAUCAUGGAAAUUAUGAAGUCAUAGAUAACAAUUCUGACAAUUGGAAUAAGGAAAUAAGUCAAAAUGAUAUUCCAACUACUUCAUGUGCAACAUCUCAACGACAUAAAAAAAAUUCAUGUAAUCAAAAAGAAUUGCAAAAUAAAAUGUUGGAAGAAGCUUUAUUACAUAGAGUGGCCAUAAGAAAAGCUGCAGAAUUAGAACUAAAACGUAAAAUCUUGGAAUUAGAAAGAUUACAGUGGGAGUUUCAGAGAGAUAAACAUCAAAGUGAUGUCCGUUGGGGUUAUGAUGUUCGUGCGAUGCACUAUCGGGAAGAAAAAAUAAAACGUUUGAAGGAGCAUUGAUCUAAUUUUCUAAUAUCUAAUUUUAAACAAUAAAUUUUACCUG